GUGGGCGAGUAUAUUUCAGUAGAGUAUAUUAUUGUUUAUUAAUAACUAAUUGUUAGAACAAGAACUAAUUUAGUAGAAAAUAAAUAAAAUAUACAAUAAUUUAUACUUUUGAAAGUUAUUUAUGGCUUAAAUAAAUAUUUUAUAGCAAUUGAAAAUUUGGAGCUGUAAAAACGAGGUCUGUCUACAGAUUACAGAAAAGAGACACGGCAGGCUCGCGCUACACACUCACACACAUACGUGUGUUUGAACGUGUACUUGGUGACACGUGGCCCAAUCGGGACGAUAGCCAAAAAAAAAAAAACGUGUACUUGGCGCGCGACACUGCCGUUUUUCAGGAUUACAUAGAUCACUGGGUUAUCGAAAUCGGGUGGUAGAAUUUCGACGCUUAUUAAUCAAUAGCAACGGCUAAAGAAUAAAUAAAAACAACAAAUAUAAAUAAUUGUUGUAAAAUGAUUAGACAACAGACUGCAUCGGAAUUGCCAUAUGAGGAAGUUCGUUAUCGGAUUCUGCAAAGAAUUAUGGACGUUGAUACAAAAUGUAAAGAAGAAUCAGGGGAAGAGAUGACAGCCUUUCAACUUGCGGUAAAACAACAAGACUGGAAAUUAAUUGAUUUCCUUCUAAAAAACAACGUUGAUGUUGAUACUUACACAUCAAAAUGUGAACCGGCACUUUUUUUGGCUAUUAGAUAUGGUAAUGUGGGUUUAAUUACUACGUUAAUUCGUCAUCAAGCUAAGAUAAAUAUUACGUAUAAUGAUAAUACUCCCCUGAACUUGGCUGUUAAUCAAAACAAUUACGCAAUUGCUGAACUUCUUAUCAGACAUGGAGCCGAAGUAAAUGCUCGGACUAAAAAAAAUCAGAGCCCUCUGCAUAUCGCCAUUGAAAAAAAUAAUAUAAAUUUAGUAAAACUGCUGAUUAAAAACAACGCUAAUGUUAAUGUAGUAACAACAAAUGAUGAAACAGCUCUAAUUUUGUCUAUAAAAAAUGAAUAUUUCAAUUUAUUCAAAAUAUUGUUGGAUGCUGGUGCUGAAGUAAAUCUGGUAAAUUUGCCACCGUUAUUCUUGGCCGUUGAAAAAAAUUGCUACAAAAUGACUGAACAUCUGAUUGAAGUAGGAGCUGAUAUUAAUAUUAUCUACAAGAAUAAGACACCAUUAAUAAUUGCCGUUGAAAAUGAAAAUAUGAAGAUCGUUAAAUUAUUAAUUAAAAAUAACGUAGACAUUAAUAUUGAAGUAGCAGUCGACAAGACAGCUCUUUCAGCAGCGAUUAUAAAAGGUAAUUUUGUCAUAUUUAAAAUGUUAGUUGACGCGAUCGCUGAUUUAAAUUCCUCCAAUUUAUUGCCACUACAUUUGGCUGUUUUGCAAGACAACUAUGAAUUUACGGAAUAUUUGAUCAGUUCCGGAGCUGAUGUCAAUUCUCUUGAUGGCAGACGACAAACACCAUUGCACAUUUCCGUUAGAAAGAAAAAUACAAAAAUAAUCAACUUAUUACUUAAGAACGAUGCUGAUGUUAACGCCUUUGAUAAUUAUAAUCUGUCACCAUUAAAGAUUGCUCUUAUCAACGGAAAUGAACAAAUCGUGGAGUUAUUACUUGAUAAAGCUGAAAUAACUGUCAAAAAAAAUUUGAUAUCACUUUUAAAAUUUGCUUGGAAAAAUAGUACUUUUAAAAUUUUUGAAUUAUUAUUUGACGUUGGUCUUAAAAUAUAUCCAUUGACUGCUGGCAAAAUUGUGCCACCGCUACAUAUGGCUGUUAUUAAAAAUAAUUUUGAAGCUUUCAAUGAUUUGAUUAACGAUGGGGAUGAUAUCAAUGGUUCAUUUUGGGGAAAAACGCCACUAGAGAUUGCUGUUGAAAGAGAGAACAAAAAAAUUAUAGAAUUACUAGUUAAAAACAAAGCAAACGUUAAUUUGAAAAACGAGGAAAGUAUUCUUAAAGUGGCUGUUGAAAAAGAUGACUUUAAAUGGAUGCGAAUGUUGGUUGACGCCGGUGUUGACGUUGAUUCUGGAGCAAUAUUAGAGCAAGCAAUUGAAGAAAAUAAUUAUGAAAUAGUGGAAUAUGUUAUUUCUAAUGGAGCUGAAAUCAAUAACGCUUAUGAUUAUGGUGAAUGCAGAAUGACACCGUUAGAACAUGCUGUUAAAAGGGGAUAUCAGCAAAUCGUUAAAUUGCUGAUUGAAUAUAACGUCGAUGUUAACCACAGAUCUUUUUUGGAACCUGGAUGUCUAAUUACAGCCAUAAAAAAUGAUAAUUUUGAAAUAUUCCAAUUACUUUUGGAUGCUGGUGCUGAUAUCCAUAUAUUUUAUAACGGAAAAUCUUUAAUAUUUAUGGCUGUUGAUAAAAAUAGUUAUGAAAUUACCAAACACUUAAUAAAUCACGGAGCUGAUGUAAAUACAUGUUUUCGUGAUAAAACACUAUUAUAUCGUGCUGUUGAGAAUGAGAAUGAAAGAAUAGUGGAGUUAUUGAUUAACAAUAAAGUCGAUGUUAAUAAAAUUAUUAAAGACAAAUAUUUAUUGAAUUCAUUUCCGACAGCUCUUUAUAAAGCUGUUGAAAUUGGUAACUUAAAUAUAGUAAAAAUAUUAAUCAACGCUCCUAAUAUCGAUGUAGAUUUAUCUGGUAGAUUGAAUGAUCUACCGUUACAUGAAGCGAUUCGUAAAAACAACUACGAAAUAACCAAGUGCUUAAUAGAACAUGGAGCGAAUAUUAAUACUAAAUAUGAAAAUCCAUUAAAUAUUGCCAUUAAUAAUGGAAACAAAGAAAUAGUUCAACUACUUAUAGAUAAUAAGGUAAAGGUUGAUAACCUCGUCGAUUCACCUUUUGUUGCAGCUGUUGAAAAUAAUAACUUUGAAAUAUUAGAAAUAUUAAUUCAUACUAAUGAGGCCGGAGUAAAUCCAUCGUUAAGCAAGCCACCAUUACACGCAGCUGUUCGUAAAAACAACUACAAUAUGACCGAGUAUUUGAUUAAUAAGGGAGCGCGUGUCAAUACUUCUUAUGACAAUAAAACACCAUUACUAAUUGCUGUUCGUUGUCAACACAGAGAAAUCGUUCAAUUACUGAUCAAAAAUAAAGCAGACGUUGAUUUCAUUACUGAAUCUGGAGUAACAGCUCUCGGUAUUGCUGUUGAGAAUAAAAGUUUAGAAUUGGUGAAAAUAUUAUUGGAUGCCGGCGCUAACACAAAUCCUUCCUCCAGCAAUCCACCAUUACAUAUUGCUAUUCGUUGUCGAAAGACGAUAGAAAUUAUGAAAUUACUGAUCAAAAAUAAAGCAGACGUUGAUUUCGUUACUGAAUCUGGAGUAACAGCUCUCGGUAUUGCUGUUGAGAAAAAAAAUUGUACACUAGUCAAAAUAUUAUUGGAUAGUGGUGCUGACGUCAAUUUUUCUUCUGAUAAAGGUUACUUGCCAUUGCAACUUGCGAUCAUGAAACGCAACUAUCAAAUCGCUGAAUGUCUGAUAAAUCGCGGUGCAAAUAUAAAUGCUCUUUGCCAUUGUCAAAAAUUGUCUUUAGGGCGUGAUACUUAUGAUUAUUUCUAUUCAUUUACUAAUUGUAUCAGUGAUCCACAAUGUACUUUACUACAGUUUGCCAUUAACAAGAACGAAACUGCAAUCGUAAAACUAUUGAUUGAAAAUAAGGUUGACAUGAGGUUGGUUGAGAAAAAUGAUCCACUAUUUAUGUUCGACAUUGCUCAAUAUCGGAGUCCUGAAAUAUUGGAGCUGAUAUUGUCUACUCAAGUUAAUGUCAAUUGCAUUGAUACUCGCGAGCUUAGUUGUAGGGAAACUCUUCUGCAUGCGGCUGUAAAAGUGAAAUAUCCGAGUAUUGAAAAAGUAAAAUUGUUGCUAAUGAGCGAAAAUUUUAUUGAUAUUAAUGCACUAACAAGCGAUGGUAAAUCUGCUCUUCAUUAUGCUGUCGAUAGAGGUCAUGUGCCUACUGUGAAUGUUCUUCUAAAUGCAGGUGCUAAAAUUGAAGUUGAGAAGUAUGGCAGUAUGAGACCUUUUGAUUAUCGAUCUAACUUUUGUAAAACAAUGAUUAUGAUACAUGUUGUUAAACUAAAAGCUGCUAAUUUACAUCUUGGCUAUGAAAGUUUAGACGAUCUAAGUGAUGGAAAAUUCAAUGUUCUGUAUGUCGAGUGCUUGAAGGAAGUUGAACUGAUGAAAAAAACAAAAAUCGUGAAAACUAAUUUAUCAUAUUACGAUGUAAUAACUAAGGGCAAGCAUAAAAUAGCUUUAGGUUUGUGUCGUACUAAUUUUUACGUCGAAAUUGACCGCAAAUUGAUAUCAUUACAAUUCCCAUUAUAUGGCGGAAUGAUCAGAUACCGCCUAGAUGAAGCUCGAAGAAGACGGCAAUUAUUAGAAAAAUCUAACAAGUUUCUUUCUCUUGUUUUUCAUGGUAACUUGUCGUAUGAUGUUAUAACUCAAAUAUAUUAUUAUUUAAGUUCUAGAGAUUUAAAAAUUUUAUCUUUACGUUCAUGAUAUCACUAUUUAAUGGGCUUGUGACAAAAUAUAAAUGAUGUCUUUUUCAUGUAGGAAAUUAGUUUAUGUUUUAAUCCUUUAAUAAAAAAAAUACAUGAAAUAUUAAACUCAACUCAGAAAAGUGUAAUGAAUCCAGGUUUUAAAAAAAUGCAACACGGUGAUUUUCCUAAAAAUAGGGCACUUUUUUUUUAAAUAUAAAACUCUUAUAUUCAUUACAAAAGUUAAGUAUUGCGUAGACAAACCUGAAUAUUUAGUUAAUUCUAUAAUUAAAUGAUUAAUAUUUCGUUAAUUUUGAUUAUAUUGUAAUUGAAUUAAAUAUAAAUAUAAUAAUUAAAAAGAAAUUAAUAUUUUAAAACAAUGGAAUAGAAUAUUUAUUAUUGCUACGAAUGCUAUAGAUGGAAGAGAAUAAUCGUAGAAUUCAUGACUAUUUCCAUGAUUAUUUUCCAAUAUCGAAAUUUUGGAAAUUGCUACUAAUAGCAGAUAGCAAGUAGCAAGUAGUAGAUAGCAAAUAUCAAAUUCAACUCCGCCAUCCAUCUUACGUUAUUAAUUUAUGAUAUUUUUACAUUACAGAGAGACCACAAAAUAACUAUAUUUAAAUUUAUCAGUAUAAAUAGCAAUUAUUGAUUAAUUUUGCAGUCAACUACUCAUUAUUCAGGCUGUCACAUAAUAUUUUCGAUUUUUGUCAAAGAUAUUUAAAUU